AUGAGUCACUACAGAAACUUCAAUCGCAAUCGUAAUCGUCAGGAUAUCGGCAACAGGAGUAUCUGGUCGUACGGGCUUUUUAGCAAGCUACGAGACCCCCUGACACUCAACCUGAGACUCCCUACAGGAACCUCCAGUACCCCGUCGGUGCCGUCGGUCCCAUCUGCGGCCCAUCCCUCCAAGCCUCGAAUUCCCGGUACCUCAUCGCGCAGUCCGAGCCCACUAGCCGCCACGAGGCAUCGGAAGUUGGCCCUGCAGACAGUCCCGACGGCCAAGUCUGGGUUCGACACCGAUUUUGAUGCAGAUUAA